CCCUUUGAAUACGCCACUGACACUGUGCUUCCUACUUCAAUAUGAUAUUUUAUUGAAGAGGAUCAGUGAAGGCCUACAACAGGUAAUGGCAACUAUCAGAUAAGACAAGGUGAACAGCUUUGUUACUUGAACUGCUAGCAAAUUACUGCAUUGGAACUAUUUGAUUGAAGGUUUACAAGGUCACAGAAAAUGAGUGUUAAAAAAGGGUUCAAGAUUCUUAUUGCUCAUAAUGAGAUUCCUAAAAGUGGGCUUGAUGUUUUUGCAGAGAAGUUGGAAAGAUGUGAACUGGUUAUCAGUGAAUCAAGAGGAUCUCCUUUUCCAUCUAGAGAAACUUUACUGAAUGAUAUCAAAGGAGUAGAUGCUGUUAUGUGGUUUGGACACAUGCACGUCGACAGAGAAAUGAUCGAUGCUGCUGGAAGUCAGCUGAGAGUGGUUGGCAGCAUGGGAGCAGGUUAUGACCACAUCGAUGUGAAACUGCUGAGGGAACGUAACAUCGCAGUCAGCAAUACUCCCAGCAUUCUCAGCUCUGCAGUGGCUGACAUGGCAGUGGGCCUGGCACUGGCUGUCUCACGUAACAUCGUGCAAGGCUACAACAGCAUUCUACAAAACAACUGGGUUGUGAACCAUCCCACAUGGAUGUGUGGUCCUGCGCUGGAUGGUUCCACAGUUGGGAUUGUCGGCUUGGGAGCAAUUGGCUCUAAGAUAGCACGGAGAAUCAAAACUUUCGACAUUGCCCAGAGUGGAGGUAGGAGCAAAAGUACGUUUCUCUGGACCAGCUGCUUUGCAGAGAGUGACUUUGUGUUCCUGACUGUUCCGUUGACACCGGAGACAAAACAUCUCCUUAGCUUAGAACAGUUCAGGAAGAUGAAAGACCACCAGCAUCCUCAUCAAUGUUGCCAGAGAG